AUGUUGACAGACGUCCCAGCAAUCGGGAUAAACCUGCCAAGACUUUGGAUACUAGACGUAACCUUCUGCCAGCUUCAACACUUUAGCCUGAACAGCAUCCGGAACUUGACACAUUUAAAAAACUUGAAUCUCAGCCAUAACCAUAUCAGCACGAUCAUCCCCACCGAUAUUAGCACCGACGAGUCAUUGCCCGUUGAAAAGUUGGACCUCAUCGGAAACCGGCUCUCCCGGGUGGAUAUGCGGCAGUUCGAAUCAAUGAGUCUGUACUUCCUGUACCUUGACUCUAACGAGCUGGAGGUGCUAGAACCGCACGAGUGUUCGCUCCCGCAGCUCCAGGAACUAACGCUAGACGACAACCGGCUCGAGGUGCUUAACAUGACACUCUGGCACAUGCCCAAGCUCCGGCGAUUUUCAUGCGCCAACAAUCGGCUCACAGCCCUACCGGACGGUUGGCGCGUUCUGCCAAACUUGCACUGUCUCGACAUAUCGCACAACCGGCUAUCGGCCUUCUCCAUGGAUCAGCUUUCCCUGACCGACCUGAAACUUUUGAAUCUCACCGCAAAUCGUCUCACCAGCGUUAGCACUAGUGUGGCCAAGCUACACGUUCCCCUGGAACAGCUUCUGAUGGCACGGAACGAGCUGACCGUGCUGGACAUUGCCCACUGGAGCAUGCCAUGGUUGUGGGAUUUCAACGUUUCCGACAACCGGCUCACCCAGCUGGGUGAUGUUUUUGUGCGUUUCAGAACAUCGAUUUACCAGAUCGAUUUGCGGGGUAACAAGUGGUCCUGCGAGUGGCUCAACAGCUUACACCCGGCCGAUCUUUGGCAGAAUCGGUACGGGUAUUUGGCAACCAAUGAUACUACCAAGUGCCGCACCAAUCGGACGCGCACGGUUCGGGACCGUAGCGUGCCAGGGUCGCAAUCCUACGCAAUCUGUUGCCACGGUUGA